AUGGGCCCUUAUAGCCCUCAAGGGCUUAAAAAAAGAGGCCUCUGGUCCGCUGGGCGACCAGGAGCUGGCGCAAAGGGGCUGGUGGUGAGGGGGUGGCGCGGGAACGGUGUGGGGGCAGCAUCACUGGUGCUAGCGGAGGACGGGAGGCACCUGGGCGACGCAGGGAGCGGCGGGCCGCUGGGCGGCGCGGCGGUGGCUGCCGGGCCGCGACCAGUUGUUACCGCCGGCGGCGGUGGCCAGGCAGUGGCCGCCGGGCUGUACACCGGCGGCACGCUUUUUGAAAUGGCGGUGGCAGAGCUAGGGAGGCCGGUGGGUCAGACUGCAAGGCCAGCAGGCACUGCGGGCGGCGACGGGGGCUGUAGCAGAGGCGGGGCCGUAGGCGGACAACGGGGAGCCACAGGGAGACUAGCGGGAGAAGCUGGAGCUUGGUGCUGGCGACGGUGGGGCUAG